GCCGAUAGUAUCGAUAAUAUCAGCUUCCAUUUCCACCAGGCUUUGUAGUAUGAGAUCCCUCUUCCCUUCACCCCAUUCUUACACAAUACCAAGUAGAUUCCUACCCCACUCAAGAUUCCUCAACCACCCUACAUAUUCCCACACAUCAUCCAGUAGGCCCCACUACCCCCCUUUCUCUCCUACACAUCUAAAUACUCUCAUCAACAGCACCAUCCAAACAAGAAACCCCAACCAUGCUACCCAAAUCCAUGCCCAAAUCAUCAUACAUGGCUACAACAACAGCAGCAUCACAUCCAUCCCUUCCCUUCAAAACAACCUCAUCAACAUGCUUGCAAAGUGUGGCCUCACCAAUGCAAGCCUAUACAUUUUCUCAAACACCCAUGAUAAGAACAUCAUCACAUGGACCACCCUCAUCACCCACUUCUCUCAAUCCCACAACCCCUUCCAAGCUCUCACCAUCUUCUCCCAGAUGAGGCAUAGUGGGCCCCACCCAAACCAAUUCACCCUGUCCACCAUACUGCCUGCUUGUGCCCAGACCACAGUCCCUGCCAAUGGGAAACAGAUCCAUUCAAUCGUGAUCAAACAUGGGUUCGAAUCUGACAUCUUCGUCGGCAGUGCGCUGAUCGACAUGUACAUGAAAUGCACUGAUUUGGACGCAGGAAGAAGGGUGUUUGAUGAAAUGCCCCAGAGAAACUUGGUUUCUUGGAACGCAGUGAUAGUAGGUUUUGUGCAGAACAAGGUUUACGACAAAGCAGUUAGAGUGUUCUGUGAGCUUCUUAGGGAGCAUUCAGCUGGGGCUGCGGAUCAAGUGAGCUUCUCAAGCAUUUUGAGCAUGUGUGCACAUGUGGGUGGUUUGAGUUUCGGCAGGCAGGUGCAUGCUCAGGUGGUUAAGCUUGGCUUGAAGUCUUUAGCAUAUGUUAGGAAUUCAAUGGUUGACAUGUAUAGCAAAUGUGGGUGCUUUGAAGAUGCUUUGAAGCUGUUCAGUGGCUCUCAGGACAGAGACACUGUGACUUGGAAUGUCAUUGCCAUGGGUUGGGUCCAAAAUGACUGCUUUGAGGAGGCUUGUAACUGUUUCUGGGUCAUGAGAAGGGAAGGGAUUUCGCCCGAUGAGGCGUCAUUCUCAACAGCCCUCCAUGCCGCCACAGGCCUUGCGGCAUUGGAUCAAGGGACUUCAAUACAUGACCAGAUUAUCAAAAUUGGUUUCAUAAGAAAUCUGUGCGUGGGAAGCUCAUUGAUCACAAUGUAUGCAAAGUGUGGAAGCUUGGCUGAGGCAUAUCGAGUGUUUGAAGAGAUCAAGGAUCGUAAUGUUGUGUCUUGGACAGCGAUGAUCGCAGCGUGCCAACAACAUGGGUGUGGAGAUCGAGUCAUCACGUUGUUUGAGGAGAUGCUAGCAGCAGGGAUCGAACCUGAUUACAUAACAUUUGUCUCUGUUCUCUCGGCUUGUAGCCACAACGGGCUCAUUGAGGAAGGAUUCCGAUACUUUGAUUCCAUGUCUAAAGUCCAUGGGAUGAGGCCCAGGCCUGAGCAUUAUGCUUGCAUGGUCGAUAUCCUUGGCCGAGCUGGCCGGUUGGAUGAAGCAAAGAGGUUCAUUGAAUCAAUGCCAGUUGAGCCAGAUGCAACAGCAUGGGGAGCUUUGUUAGGGGCUUGCAGGAACUAUGGGAAUCUGGAAAUGGGAAGAGAAGUUGCGGAGAGGCUGUUCGCAAUUGAACCAGAUAAUCCAGGAAACUACAUUCUGCUUUCAAACAUCUAUACAAGCUAUAGAAUGUUGGAAGAAGCUGAGGAUGUGAGGAGAUUGAUGGGGGUGAAUCGGGUGAGGAAAGAGACCGGAUGUAGCUGGAUCGACAUUCAGAACACUACCUACGUAUUUACGGUGCAUGACAAAUCACAUUCUAGGACACAUGAGAUCUAUGCAAUGUUGGACAAGUUAGCAGAACUGGUGAAGAUGAAUGGGUAUGUGGCAGAAACCCAAUUCGCCAUCAAUAGUGCUGGAGAGUACAAGGAGAAGAGCUUGUGGUAUCACAGCGAGAAACUAGCACUUGCAUUUGGUUUAAUAAGCAUGCCAGUUGGCGCUCCAAUUCGGAUAAAGAAGAAUCUGAGGACUUGUGGCGAUUGCCACACGGUUAUGAAGCUUGUUUCAGAGAUUUUCGCACGGGAGAUUGUUGUUAGAGAUAUCAAUCGGUUUCACCAGUUCACCAAUGGUUCAUGUUCCUGUGGGGAUUACUGGUAGCCUCAAUCAGGAGCAAUCUUGUUGCUUGAAUUAAUACGAGUUUUCAUGUUCAUGAUAUUCAGAGGUCAACUUGGCUGAUAACAACAGAACCGAAAAAAAAAAAAACAAACCAAAAACUGAAUCAUCACAACUGUUGAUCUUAAAAAGUUAACUUUCAUUCCUAAGACAGCUCGAUAGGGUCUUCUGGAAGUUUUCCAGCUUAGAGAAAUUACUGCAGAUAUGAGCUUCAACAGCCUGUUUGGAUUGUGAAUUGCAUCAGUCAUGUAUUGUAAAAGCCCCAUCAUUAUGAUUUUACCACGAUAAACUAAACACACAAAUCGGCAGUCGAAUUCAGAUGUAUUAGGAAAGAGAUAAAGAAAUUUGUAUUCAUUACGAUUUUAUAUUGCAUUGUAGUGGAAAUCUCAAAUCCAAACACACCAGUUUAUAGAUCUGAUGAUUUGACAUUGAA